CUGGGAUCUCCCGGCGCUAGGAGCCCGGAGGUAGGCCGGGCGUGAUGGCCAAGCCCCCGCAGCCCCGGCGUGGCCCCGCAACGCCUGGCGGCGCCCUCCGCGCCCUACUGCGCUGCAACCUGCCCCCGGGCGCCCAGCGCGUGGUGGUCUCGGCUGUGCUGGCGCUGCUGGUCCUCAUCAACGCCGUGCUGAUAUUCCUGCUGGCCUUUCGCUGAGCUGCACGCGCCCGGCACCGCAGGGAACCGCGCAGGCUCAUUAGUGAUGGCAGUGUGGUAUGUGCCGAAGCCCUGUGGGACCAUGUUACCAUGGACGACCAGGAACUGGGCUUCAAAGCCGGCGAUGUCAUCGAAGUGAUGGAUGCCACCAACAGAGAAUGGUGGUGGGGCCGCG